AGGCGGGUUACAAGGGGAGCCCCUCCCCUCCGCGUCGCGCCAGGACAAUUUUCACGCGUUGGGUUUGACCUAGAAAAGCCAGGCCUGCUUCCACUCUCCUUUUAGGGGGCAGUCGAGCUUCCCGAGCGAAGCAUCUCCUUACCUACCACUUCUCCUCUCUUUCUUCACGCGGCGGGUUUUGAGAGGAGAAUCCCCGGAUGCUCUAUCGCCAUGGCCGUCCUCGACGAAUUUCCUGGUAUCCGGGUCACCGUCAAGAUCAAUGGCCAGACCGCUCCUGAACUCGCGGAUCCCAACAUCGCGGAACAAGAGCCCGCUAACCACCCUACUUCAUCUAAAUACAUCGAGUGCAUCAACGGUGCGAAUUUCGCUGUCAGAUUGUGUGUAACCGAUGACUACGACUGGAAACCCCGAGGGCACGCUCUUCGGCUACAGGUCGACGUGGAUGGAAAGUCUAUUAUAUCACACAUAAUCAGGGAGAAGGACCUUUGGCAUGGUGUUUACAAGACGGACGUGAAGGGUCCAAUGACAUAUGACGUCGCGACCAGGCAAUGGAAAGAUGGAAGAUGUAAAUUUUCCGUGGUUCGCACCGUUGAUGACUCGAAGAUAGAUCGAGUCAAGAGAGAUGUGAAAGUCACAAAAAGCCUAGGGCAAAUCCAGGUUUUCGUCUUCCGAUGCAUCUACCUGGGAAGUACGGAUCCGGUACCACAUUAUUAUACUAAUGUAUACACUGGAACGCUCGAGUUCUCCGAGAAGUCUUUGAAGGGCAAAGCCGUGUCUCACGGAAUGUCGCUCUCGUCACUGAAAACGGUCCCCGCGCCUCGUACUUGUUCUGUGAAAGAUUUAGAGGCAGACGGCGGACCAAUUGCGGAGUACCGAUUCCACUACAGGUCUAGAGAUGCUUUGAGACAGGAAAUGAUUAUUCCUCGGACAUCAUCUCCAGGCUUGUCUAUGGCGUCAGGACUGGCUGACAUGCCACGCAUUCAACUAGAAAAACUGGCUCGAGAACGGCUCGAGCAAUUGCAGGCGGGCCGGCGCUUCAAACGAGAGCGCGGUUUAGACGACAAGGAUAGUGUUAUUCCACGACCCGCCAAGAUCUCUCGGUGUUCAGAUUCGCCAAUCGUGAUUGACCUGACAGACGAUUAACUAGAGGAUACAAUUCAGAUUACCUAAUAGCAGACGAAGAUGCGUUUCUUAGUACUACACCGUGACGAAGGGUGUGUCAUGGAAAGGAUAGCAAAGGGUGAUCUCACUGGUGUUCAGUGGGAGAUCAGUUAUGCAAUGAUUCGCAGUUGAUACAGUUGCAGGAGGAUUUCACCGCGAAGGGUUCCUUACAGGGCCCGUAAUAAUGAUCCUAUCCGGAGGAUAGUUAUAAUACGCAUAACCCCUUGUUAUGCUAAUUAAUGACGGGGUUAAAUACCCCUAUAAAUACCUAUAAAAGGAUAUUAUUUAGGGGAAACUCUGUUUUUACUGGCUAAAAAACGCGCUAUGGGUCCCUAAAAAUACGUAUACCUAAUAAAAACGGUAGGAUAAAUAAAGGUUUUCUUAUUUAACGUAUUUCUAUUACCUCCUAAGAUCCUUACGUAUAUUUACUAACGCG